UGCGUGUGUGCUUCCCCGCUCCCGAAAUACCGCAGACUGCCAUGUCCGAGACCUACGAUUUCCUGUUUAAGUUUUUGGUCAUAGGAAACGCGGGAACUGGAAAAACCUGUUUGCUACACCAAUUUAUUGAAAAGGAAUUCAAAGACGUCUCAAAUGUUACUAUAGGAGUGGAAUUUGGUUCAAAGAUCAUAAAUGUUGGUGGUAAAUAUGUAAAAUUGCAGAUAUGGGAUACAGCAGGACAAGAAAGAUUCAGUUCUGUAACAAAAAAUUACUGUAGAGGAGCUGCAGGUGCUUUGCUUGUCUAUGAUAUAACCAGCCGGGAAACCUACAAUGCGCUUACGAAUUGGUUGACGGAUGCUAGAAUGUUAGCAAGUCAAAAUAUUGUGAUAAUACUGUGUGGAAACAAAAAGGAUCUUGAUGCAGAUCGUGAAGUUACUUUUUUAGAAGCGUCCCAGUUUGCACAAGAAAAUGAGCUGAUGUUCUUGGAAACAAGUGCACUAACGGGGGAAAAUGUUGAAGAGGCCUUUGUACAGUGUGCAAGAGAAAUACUCUAUAAAAUUGAAUUAGGAGAACUGGAUCCAGAAGGAAUGGGUUCAGGUAUUCAGUAUGGAGAUGUUGCUUUGAGACAGCUGAGAUCACUACAUAGAGCACAAGCACAAAGUGCUCAACAAUGUGGGUGUUAAACAAAACACAAAAUCCCAAAUACUUUAGACACAGAAGCUGUCCUUACAAAUGGUGUUUGAAGAAAUGGAAAAGCUUGAAGGCUAUGCAGUUUUUAAAAAUGUCUUUCCACUAUCUACAAACAGAGCAAACCACUGCUGUCAGAAAGGUGGCCCGUGUGGUGUGGGGCAGGAGUGUCCACAUGACACACAAGCCUGCAAAGUGAACUUGAUGAUUUGGUGGACAAUGUUAAGACUCAUACCUGUAUGUAAACAUUUUCCAUUACCUGUUUUUGUUCUUUCGCCUCUAGUUUAAAGCAUUGCUAUAUACUGUAAAUAAUGUAACAGUAAAUUUACAAAGCAUGGUAUACUUACGUAUGCUGAUAGAAUGUUGCACUACAAGCAGUUUAAUAUUUUAUUUUUUUAUCAUAUAAACAAAUUUAACGGAGGUAGGCUUUGUCAUGUUUGUUUGCUGCACAAUAGUUUAUGACCUGAAUUAUAAAACCACUGGCACUGUCAGUGAAGGGUGGUUGGUUUAUUUUUUUCCUACUUAGUUUGCCACAUUCUAACAAGCUGUUGACAUGACUGAUUCUCAACAUAUGGUUAGGACCCAUACUUACGUUUAUUAAUAUGUCAAGCUGAAAAGGUAAUUUUUAUUGAUGUUCACAUAUCCUGUUUUAUCACAGUUCUUAAAUAGCUUUUGAAGUUCUUUUAUUAAACUUUAUUAAGUCUGUCAAA